AUUCCAGACAGGUGAAGGUUGAAAGCUGUCCACAUCUCUGGGGUCUGGUGUCAGCCAAAUGCAGAAGGGCAAAUCUGAGAGGGCAGAGGUUAGCAGAGCAAGGACUGCCAUUGCCCUUCCAGGGCUCAGUUUCGCUUGAACAAGAAACACAAGAUGAUGUAGGAUUUAUCGACUGUUUGAUUUUUGGAAAGCUGAAACUGCUUCAGGGAAAAGGAGGAGCACCAGGUGCUCCUGAGGGACUUUGUUGGCAGAACAAGGUACAUACCAAAUUCCUCGCUUCCACAUUGGAAAUAAGAAGGCAGACAGCUCAGUACAUGCACUGAAGUGAACUGUCAGUAGUCAUAUUGGCUAAGUACAGUUAACCUUGGCCUUUGUCUAUAAGCAUACCCAGACAUUGAGAUGGCGACUCAUGAAGCACUGAAAAGGUAUCUAGAAGGUGCUCUGCUAAUAAGGUUGGGUAUAGCUUCUUCUAAUAGACAUCUAUCUCAUAGGCAUUACCACCAUAUUCAGCUUGUAACAAAGGCAAUUAGCACAGCAGUCAAUCUAAAAAUCCCUGCAUCUUCUGCCAUUCAGAUGCAAUGGUUUUUUAAGAGCAAAUAGUGAACUUUUGCUACUAUGAAACUAUCUCUAAGGCAUAAUUCUGUGAUGAUACAAGGCACACAAAAAAGCACCUAAUAUUAAUGUUUGCCUUUAAGGCCAUUCUUACAACAGUUUUCUUGGUUCUCUGAUAAGAAAGCAUCAAACCAGAGUAAUUCCAGAAUCCAUCAAGGUAGAUGUAACUAAUGAAUUAUGUCAUUCCACCUCAGGAUUGGGACAGACAGACGGUGACUGUUGUCACUGUAAAAUUCACAGCCUCUUUUGGGCCAGUGUGAGAACCCUGCCACCCCAGGACCGCUGCUGUGCAUGCCAUGUCCCCCGAGGCCCCCAGUGCUAUCCCCCCAGAGCCAUCAGCUCUCCCAUCAUGGCUUUCAUUUCUUCUUCUCAAUUAGCACAGCAGCGAGGCUAAUUUGGCUGCAGAAGUUCAUUCAAGUAGAGCAGCUAAUUGCUGCACAUUGUCCUUCCUCAGAGCACGGUAGAGGCAAUGUCCCAGAUGCAAAACAGGGCACCAUAACGCUUGCAAUAUUUCCUUAUUACCGCAGGGUGGUGGUGAAGACCUUAGUGAACACAAUUCACUGCUGAGCUGCGCGGUAACGCAACCUCACAUUCGACACGUGACCACACACGUCAUAUCUUCGCAGUGUGGGAACCACCUCAGACGGUGUUUUCAGUCACUUGCACCAACAGGGAUGAAUUGAGGUCACGUCCUGUAACACAUUAACUCCUGUUACUAUUGGUUUUAUCCUUCACUGUUCACAAGCAUCAUUUAAGGAGUUGAUAUGCUCAGUUGCUUUACUUCCACUAGUCCUUAGACAGCAGAAGUUGCAGUAGUUUCAAGAAGACACACCAAAAUCAUAUAGCCCAUCUAAAGAAUGAAAAGCUGGAUUAUACUGCUGGCUGUUGUAGUCAGCACAGCAGAAACACAAAACCAGGACAUCUGCACCCAAGGGUAUCCUGGCAUCCCUGGCAAUCCUGGGCACAAUGGCAUACCUGGUCGUGAUGGACGUGAUGGUUCAAAAGGUGACAAGGGAGAUAGAGGUGAAGCAGGACCUCCUGGCAAUCCAGGAAAAGACGGUGCAAAUGGCGAGAAAGGCGAACGAGGAGCAAAUGGAACUGUUGAAGAGAAGGGGAACAAAGGAGAUAAAGGAGAAAGAGGACGACCUGGGAAACUGGGACCGAAAGGAAUUAUAGGGUCAGUGGGUUACAAGGGUCAGAAGGGAGAGCUGGGACUGCAAGGACAAAAGGGGUUAAAAGGAGACAUUGGGCCCAUAGGUCCAAAAGGGACAAAGGGUGACAUUGGCCAUCCUGGAAGAGUUGGCUUCCCAGGACCAAUUGGCCCAACUGGUAAUCCAGGUCCUAAAGGUAAUACUGGAGAUCUUGGGCCACAGGGUAAUCCAGGAGUUCAGGGGGAAAGAGGCUUGAAAGGAGACAGAGGAGAUAAGGGGAAUGUAGGUGCCCCAGCAGUCCUGCCAAGAAGUGCUUUCAGUGUCGGCCUUACAAUCACCACCAAAUUUCCCCCUCCAAAUCGCCCAAUCAAGUUUGACAAGGUACUGUAUAAUAGUCUAAAUGACUACAACUCAGCUACUGGCAAAUUCACCUGCAAAUACCCCGGUGUUUACUAUUUCACCUACCACAUCACUGUCUACUCAAGGAAUGUCCGAGUAGCUCUAGUUAAAAAUGGCAUCAAGAUGCUGCACACCGUGGACAGGUACCAGAGUGGAGAGGACCAGGCUUCAGGAGCUGCCAUCCUGGAGCUACAGGGAGGAGAUGAAGUGUGGCUGCAGGCUCACCAGGGAGAGACUUUCAACGGGCUGUUUGCAGAUGCUGAUGAUGAUACCACCUUCUCUGGGUUCCUCCUGUUCAGCACCUCUGACCUGCUGGAGCCGCUGCCAUCGCCCGCCAUGUAACUCCAUGUUAUCUGGGAAUACGAUGUGUCUGUGUCUUCAGCCCUCCCUAAUAAAGUUAUCUGCUGUCCAAUUUCUGCUGGAUUCCACAGAAAACAGAAAUCAGCCAGAGAAGUACAUUGAGGGCUGAAAGGGAGACAUAGGAGUGUAGGGGAGGUUGGGACCAGCUAGGCAUCUCCCUAAAAGUUGAUUAUUUUUUAUGUUUGUUUUCGUUUUCUUUUGUUUUCCUUUUUUACUGAAGUCAUCACAUUGGGAAGGUGUAGGAUCACACUACUUGUAUCUGUAGGAAACCAGGCACACAACUGCUCAUUGCACAACUUGCUGUGCUGAAGUUUUCAUGACCAGCUGCUAAAACAAAGCUUAAGGCUUCAAAGCCGUACUCAGAAGAGUUUGAAAUAAACACUUUCUUGUCCCAA